UUCACCUCAUUAUCUGGUGCCGAAGUGAGAGUUUCCUCCUGUGACGAGCAGCUCCUCUGCAUAAAGGUGAUCGUCGGUGACAUCAGGAGGAGGACUCAAACCCGAGGCUGCUGGGCCUGAUUCCGGUUGGGGACAAUAAUCAGGUUUUGGACGGAAUUAUCUGCAGAGUUGAACAUAUAGAAGUCUGAGUUCAUGCCGGAUUUCGAGCACUUCAGAUUUUCCUAUUCCAGCAUGAAUCCGGUCCUGGGGGAGAGCGGCUUCCUGGCCCCACAGCAGCACCACCACCAGAUGACGGGCCAGGCAGACUCCGCCAUCCCAGAGCCCGGCUACUUCCUGGGGGACCACGGCGGGUUCGGGCCUGAUGGGUUGUCCGGGCUGGACCUGGGCGCCCUGCCGCCGUCGGGCCUCGCCUACCUGCACCUGAGCAGCCCCCUGCACCGCGUGCCCCCCGCCGCCACGGCGCUGCGCAACGACCUAGGGUCCAAUAUCAGCGUCCUGAAGACCCUGAACCUGCGCUUCCGCUGCUUUUUGGCCAAAGUGCACGAGCUGGAGCGCAGGAACAAGGUGCUGGAGAAGCAGCUGCAGCAGGCUCUGGAGGAUAACUGCGGAGGGGAAGGACACCAGAAGCCGCUGACCAAAGAGAUGGGGGUCCAGACUGGAUUUAUCGGGCCUAUUCCAGCCAGACCGGGCCUCAUCCCGCUCCACAACGCCAACAACUCGGCCUACCUGCCCGGCGGCCUCCUCUCUCCAACCCUGAACCCCCCUCCCCUUUUUGACAAUAAAUACCAGCUGGGGACCAACCUGAACCCGCUCCCAGUCUCCACGGAUUCAAACUCCAACCUCACCACAUCCGGUUUCUCCAUCAGUCCGGCCCUGAGUCCCACCGACCCGUCCAAAACCAUCACCAACAUCAACGAGAAAUACGCCUCUCACACCGGGACGAACACCAACAACACCCUCCCUCCUCCCCCGCGCUUCCUCCCCGGGACGAUCUGGUCCUUCAACCACACCCGCCGGUUUGGCACCGGGAGGGAGUCGUGCGUCACGGGCCCCGGAGUCUCCUGGACGCACCCGGACGGCGUCGGGGUCCAGAUCGACACCAUCACGCCUGAGAUCAGGGCCCUGUACAAUGUGCUGUCCAAGGUGAAGAGAGAAAGAGACGAGUACAAGAGGAGAUGGGAGGAGGAGUACACAGCCAGAAUGGACCUGCAGGAGAAGGUGGCUGAGCUGGAAGAGGACCUGCAGGAGAGCGAGGUGUGUCAGGAUGAGCUGGCUCUGAGGGUGAAGCAGCUGAAGGCCGAACUCGUUCUAUUUAAAGGACUCGUCAGCAACAACCUGUCAGACCUGGACAGCAAGAUCCAGGAGAAGGCCAUGAAGGUGGACAUGGACAUCUGCCGCCGCAUCGACAUCACCGCCCGCCUCUGCGACGUCGCCCAGCAGAGGAACUGCGAGGACAUGAUCCACAUGUUCCAGCAGGUGGCCACGCCCCCCUCCACGCUGAGCGGCCGGGCCAGGAAGCCGAGCGGGCAGUCGGCGAAGGGCGGGGACGGAGACGAGCUGAGCAUGUCCGAGGGCGAGGGAGGCGGGGCCAAAGACGAGGAGUCGUGCAGCACGUCGGCCAAUCAGAUCAACGAGCAGAUGCAGAGGAUGCUGAAUCAGCUGAGGGAGUGUGAGUUCGAGGAUGACUGCGACAGUCUGGCCUGGGAGGAAACCGAGGAAACACUUCUGCUCUGGGAAGAUUUUCCUGGAUACUCACUGGGAAUGGAAACACAGGGAGAGCUGCAGCAGCAGGACGAGUCCAUAGAGGAGGUGAUUAAAGACACGGAGUCUCUGUUCAAAUCCAGAGAGAAGGAGUACCAGGACACCAUCGACCAGAUAGAGCUGGAACUAGCUACAGCCAAGAGUGACAUGAACCGUCACCUGCACGAGUACAUGGAGAUGUGUUCGAUGAAAAGAGGGCUGGACGUCCAGAUGGAGACCUGCAGGAGACUCAUCACACAGAGCGGAGACAGGAAGUCCGCCUCGCUCAUCACCCUGAUGGUGGACGACUCGGACGGCGAGGAGAAGGAGAGGAAAAAGCCGGCUCUCCCUGCCGACUCCGAGGCCAGCGAGCCUUGCUGCGACGCCAACGCCGCCAUCCCUCCUCUGGCCUGGAGGAAACCCUGACACACACCGACACACACACUGCUGGUGCACACCGAUGCUCCUCCUCCGCCGCUGUUUGAGAGCAGGAAAACAAAUUAAGUUGUGCAAAACUGUAGAUUAUUUCACAACCAGCAGAUGUUACAUUUUCAUGAUCUUUACUGCUCACAAACUCAGUCAUGAAGGUCAAAACUUACACCAACGUCCUCACAAAAGCAUGAUGAUUGAUUCAAGAAUGAUUCCUGUUAAAGCUGCUGGUGAAACAGCAGGUGUCGCUGCUGCCCUCCUGUGGUCAUCAGCUGUAACUGCACCUCCGUGAAGGUCAACCACAAAAAAAUGGCACUUUCAAAGAUCUUCACUGGCUCAGUUAGCGGGGGUUUAAAAGGACACAGCUGAUCUCAUGUUGCACACUGACGUUUCUGUUUAGUGCAGGAGCUUAUUUGCACAGAUUCUGUAACGAUGCCUUUCAGCUGCAGGUUCGCACGAGUGCAGAGAGGCAGCGAUGCACAAAGAAACAGUUUGCAGCACAUAACUGUUCAUGAAAGCGAUGAAGAGUGAUGAACAGCUUUACUGAUUAAUUCGCACUUAUUUAUUAGAAUGAAAUGCUUUUUAUUCUGUGUUUUAAUCCUGUCGCGUGCAGCAGCUUAAAAAUGUUGCAAAAAAUAAAGCAGAAGUUUAAUUCCUAAAAUAUGAAUUACCCAGUUGCCAUUUUCUGGGAUGAUGCUGUAGGUAGAGUCACUAUUUUCACACAUCUCCAACUAUCAACUUGCCUUAAACUGAUGUCCAACAUUUGAUUAAUAUGACACCUUCUCCGCCCUGAAAUGCAUCUGAAAGGUUUUAAUCUUCCUAAACAAACCAAACUGCAUUAUUAUAUAAACAAAAUUCAAGAUUUUUAAAGUAGAUUUUUGUUAUCUGCAACUCAGAUUGCUGAAUAUGAAACAUUAAAUAACAUUUAAGGCUGUGGACACUCAUCCUCAACACGGUUUCUGGAAAUGUUACGAUUAAAUUUUGAUUUAAGGAGCCGUUUAUGGUCUACAAUUAGCGGCAAAUUACACAUGAUGGGUUUUUAAAGGGAGAUUAUAAUGUUCAUAAGUCAAAAUCUUUAAUGCGACUUCCAAAACGGAGCUUUGGUAAUCCUGCAGGAGCAUCAGGAGACGACUGACUGGAUAAGGCAGAAA